UUAACGGUUACCAAUCUUUUGUUUUGACAAAUGAUUGAACAACCGAAUAAUAAUCAUAAUAAUAAAUAAAAUGGAACGACCACAAUUAAAAGCCGAUUAUAUUGAAAAGAUUGAAAUACAACCUGAAGAUAUUAUACCAAAAAGUUCAUGGUUCAAAUGUGUAAAAUAUACAUUGAUAUCAUUGUUAUUAUCAAUGAUAAUCAUUGCAAUUAUUGCCAUAAUUGUUGCUGAAUCAUUUUUGGAACGAUCAUAUCUUGCUGUUGGAAUUAUUUCGUUGUUGGGCAUCAUAUUAUUCUUAAUCGGAUUGAUUGCAAUCAUCAAAGAACAUGUACCAUGUAUAUUAAUAUUUGCUGUAUCAAUGAUUUUCUAUCUAUUGCUAUUGAUGUAUUCACGAAUAUUCGAUACAGCCGGAUGGAUUAUAUUGCGUACAUCGAUAUUGGCCUGUCUUAUUUUAUUGACAAUAAUCUAUUGUAUACUAAUACGUGAUUGGCGCCAGUUACAAGUAUCACGUUUACGUCAACGUGCAAUUAAAGAAGUUACACAACAAUAUGGAUUAUCACCACUACCACCACCAUCAUCAUCAUCACAACAUUAUUAUCGAACAUCAAUUCAUCAACAUCAUAAUCACCAAUUACCAAAUCAUUUAAUGCCAGCCAAUUAUCAAAAUAAUCCUAAUCAUCAUCAAUAUGAACAGAUUGAAAAUAUUUAUUCACAGAUUAGUAGUGCACCAUCAUCAUCAUCUAUGACAGCAAAAGCAUCAAAUCAUCGUACACCUGGUGUCAUUUUGACUACCCAUUAUAAUUGAUUAAAAUUUGUGUGCAAAAAAAAAGAUUGAAAGGCUUAAAAUUUGAAUAAAAUUCAUUUAAUUUUUCAA